UUCCAAGAUAUCUUCCUUACUUUUUGGAGUCCUUUCAGUCUGAAAGAUAGCUCAAGGAAAGAACACUGGCUCUCCUCUUCUUUAGUGGCUGUGGCUCACGGAUACCUUGGUGUGAAAUCCCUGAAAUCAGACACUAAGUAAGAUCUGAAGAACAAAAAACAAGAUGUUUACAGCACUUUUGCUUCUUUCUGUUCCACUCUUUCACACGACUGCUGGCAGCAUUAGGAAGGAACGCUCUCUCAUUCCUGUUAUAACAGUUUUAAAUGGGUGUCCCUGGGGAUCAUGGGGAUGGACUUCUUACUGUCCUGUGAACUCUAAAGCACACGGAUUCAGCCUAAAGAUUGAAGGACGUCAGGGGAGAGGAGAUGACACAGCAAUGAAUGGGAUACGUUUGUACUGCACAGAUGGAAGUGGUGCUGUAGAGUCAAAAACUGGGCCGUGGGGUGAAUGGAAAACUGCUGUCUGGUGUCCAGGGGAUGGAGUUUUAACAUCCUUCUCUUUGAAAGUGGAACCUCCGCAAGGUGAUGGAGAUGACACAGCAGCCAAUAACAUAAUGUUUAAGUGCUCUUCAGGUCCAGUGAUUGAAGGAAUUGGACAGGAAUGGGGUGUUUACGGCUCCUGGAGCGACUUAUGUGAUUAUGGAAUCUGUGGUCUGCAAACCAAAGUAGAAGACUCACAGGGAAAUGGGGAUGAUACUGCCUUAAAUGAUGUGCAGUUUAUCUGCUGCAGUGCUUCUUAGUAUGAUAUGCCUUCCAACCUCCCCCGCUAUGUUCUCCCUGAAAUGUUGAAGAAUGUUGUGCCAUAAGAAUAUCCUUAGUGAGCUGUAUUUUGUUGUUUGCACCUGACAUGAGAAUUUGUUUAACAUACUAUAUUUUGUUGCAUAUUAAAUGUGAUAUGAUAAAAAAGUGCAGUGACAUUACAUAUGGAUCUGUGGCAAAGGCACACAGCAGUUUAUGAUGUAACUACAUAUGCACACAAUAAGGAAUAACGUUUGUGAAAAUAAAGAAAUAGCGCAUCUAUGAGUAGUA